UACCAACAACAACCACAUCCUGUUACAUUCCUCGGUCUAAACUCACCUGCAUUCCACGAGUUUUUGACUUAUAGUUUAUACGUUUGAAGUAAUUUGUGUCGUCCUAACCAUUCGCGCACAGAGUUUGUCGUUUUCCCCGUGUCAUUGCAUUUUCUUUCAGUAAAGCAAGAAGCUAUUAUUAUUUAAGAUGUCUACUACUAUCGCUACCUCCCACAACUUCCCUCCCGCACCUCCUCGCAACAAGCGUCUUUCUAUCGGUAUUAUUGGUUCCGGUAACUGGGGUACUGCUAUUGCCAAGAUUUGCGGUGAGAAUGCUCGUGCCCACGGUAACCACUUCAGAAGCAAGGUCCGCAUGUGGGUCUUCGAGGAGGAGAUUGAGUACAAGGGUGAGAAGCGCAAAUUGACUGAAAUUUUCAACGAGACGCACGAGAACGUCAAGUAUCUUCCCGGUAUUCCCUGCCCCAGCAACAUCCUCGCCAUUCCCGACGUCCGUGAGGUCACUCGCAAGUCCGAUGUGCUCGUCUUCGUCGUUCCUCACCAAUUCGUCGACCGUGUUUGUGAGCAAAUGAAGGGCUUCGUCCGUCCCAACGCCGUCGCCAUCUCCUGUAUCAAGGGUGUGGCUGUGAACAAGCAAGGUGUCAAGUUGUACUCUGAGUACAUCACCGAGCGUCUCGGCAUCUACUGUGGUGUCUUGUCCGGUGCCAACGUCGCCAACGAGGUUGCUCGUGAGGACUUCUGUGAGACCACCAUUGGUUACAACCCCGACUUGGGUACCUCCGUCUCCGCCGAGAUGAUGGUUGCUCUUUUCGACCGUCCCUACUUCUCUGUGGCUGCCGUCAAGGAUGUCGCUGGUGUCGCCUUGGGUGGUGCCUUGAAGAACAUUGUCUCCAUGGCUGUUGGUUUCGCCGACGGUUUGGAGUGGGGUGGAAACACCAAGUCUGCUAUUAUGCGUCGUGGUUUGUUGGAGAUGCAAAAGUUCGCUACUAUGUUCUUUGACAGUGACCCUCGCACCAUGGUCGAGCAAUCUUGUGGUAUUGCCGAUUUGGUUACCUCUUGCUUGGGUGGUCGUAACAACCGUUGCGCCGAGGCUUUCGUCAAGACUGGCAAGUCCCUCCAACAACUCGAGAAGGAGCUCUUGGGUGGUCAAGUCCUCCAAGGUGCUGCCACUGCUGCUGACGUUCACGAGCUUCUCACCAGCCGUGACCUUGUCAAGGAGUUCCCUCUUUUCACCACUGUCUACCGCAUUGCCUAUGAGGGCAUGAAGCCAGAGGGUAUGAUCCAGGUCCUCCAACCUCCUGUUGAGGAGUCUGAGAACGAGUUCACUACUGAGACCAACGAUGAUUAAGCAACAUAACUUGACGGCGCGCGCUGUGCAUGUGUCGGCGUUCUUGUCGUUUCGAUGUUAAUAUAGACGGGAUAGAGGAUAAGCUAUAAGGCUGCAUAUUUUUGUGCUUUUCUGCAGUUGAAUUUUUCAUGUUUAUACUGCACACACUCAAUUGAUGAAUUUUUUUUACUCGACUGUGCAUACAUCAAGCGGGGCGGCUAUGCUGUGGUUAACGGGUUGGCUCGUUCUUCUUUCUUUUUCUCCCGUUUUGCUCGUGAUGACAGGCCUCUCGUAUACACGCACGCUUGGCUUACCGUUCUUUCCUUUUAACUUGUUUCGUAUGUUCCUUUUUGCAUGGAUUGACUGCAUGACCAUGUGUACUCUGCCACCAUUAUGGCAGCACAAAGGUCGUCCCGUCGUUCUUAUAGACGGGCAUUGUGAGCACGGAUGGUUUAACGAAAAAUAUAGACUUUAAAAUAGCUUUCAUGAGGGAGGGAUGAAGGGAGUGAAAUGAGUAACUGUGCGGAGAUGAUGUGCAUUGUAUUUUUCCGAGUGUCUUAGCUAUGGGGGAUAUUGCGUUGUGUCGAG